AUGCAGUCACAAAUUUUUACUGUAAAAUUCGUUCCUAACAAAACAUGCUUUUUAUAUUUUACAACAAAAUGGACAAGUUCAUUACAAAAUUUGGCUAAUGCAGCUUUACAAGUUAUUUACAAUACUAACGAGAAAGCAUAUUUUUCUUGGAGUACAAAUCAUUCUUUAAUGGAUAAUGAAGUCGGAAUCAAUGCAUCUUUUGCAAAAUUAUUGAAUAUAAAAGAAGAUGAUGAAUUAUUAAUUUCUGUUAUCAAAGAAGUGGUCAAAUUAAAACGCAUAGUUGUGACACCGGUUUCGCAUGACGAUUGGGAAUUAUUGGAAAUGAAUGCCGAAAUUAUACAAUCAACACUUUUGAAUUAUUUAACAACAGUUUUCAUCAACGAAAAAUUUCUAAUAUGGGUAUCAAAGUCCAUGUCUUUAUGUGUGCAAGUCGAUUCAUUAAAUCCAAUUUCACAAGUGGGUCAUUUAGAAAAUUUUACGGAAGUGGAAAUUAUCCCAAUUAAAUCUAAGCCACAGCCAGCUGAAAAGCAAUCAAUUUCAGAAACAAAUGAAUGGAGUUGGAGCAAAUCCUUCAAAAAUCUAGUAACAAAAAAAAAUCCUGUAGUUAGAAAAUCGAUUGAUAUUUUUAAUAAAUACAAUAAGUUACAAUUUCAAUUCGCCUGUAAUGUAAGGCUUAUAAAAAAUGUGGAUCAAUUGAGUGUUACGGAUGAAACUAAAACAAUUUUGGAGCAUCCAUUUAAUGUGUAUAUUUACAAAAAACAUGUACCAGAAUUUUGUUCCAUCGAAAAAAACAAAUUUUGGAUAUGCCAGUUGAAUAAAAUUCUUCCUCCAAAUAGCGAUUCAGAAAAUUUAACUGAAAUUAUAGUUAAACUAGUUUUAAUCGAUGAUUUUGAAUUAAUUCCAUCAAAUUUAUUUCCAAAAUAUAAUCAUUGUACGGUAUUUAUUGGGGAAAAUCUACAAAAAAUUCUGAAUCUAACUGAUAAAUGUAAAAUUAUUUUAAAUAGCUUUUUAUAUGAAAAUUCUGAUGACGCUAGCGAAAUUCAAAUUCAACCGAUUUCGAAUUUAGAAAACGUUAAUUUCGAAAAUUUUGCACAUAAUUUUAAACUAUUUGUAUUAGAAAGAUCGAAAAAUAUCGAUCUAGUACUAACUUCAAACACUACAUUUAAAAUAUCCGAUUCACUAAACUGUUAUCUUAAAUUAUUACCUGCCAAAAUCAAAUAUUUGAAUUUUAAUGGAGAUAUUUUACGGAAUGUCAAAAUUUCAGUUCGAAAUGAUCUCGUCGAUAGUAAUAAGUUCAAAUUGACUAGUUUACCAAAUCAAAAUACUGAUUUAAAAAUCGAUUUUAUAUACUUAGAAAAAUUUCAAAAAGCUAUGGAGUCGGGAGUUAAAACCUUAAAAUUUGGUUUGAAAUUAUUUGAGGAAAAACAAUGGGAUACAAGUAUUCAAAACGUUUUAAUAUCAGGGCAAACAGGAUCGGGAAAAAGUACUUUAGGAAAAUUGAUAUGCCAAAAGCUAUUAGAUGAAACAAAUUUCGUUUAUACAAAAAUACUCGACUGCAAAGCUUUAAAAGGUAAAAAAUCCGAAACUAUACAAAAACUAUUAAUACAACAUUUUGAUGAAUGUUUGUAUUAUCAACCUUCCAUAAUAUUUCUGGAUGAUUUGGAUAUAAUUUGUGGAACCCAAAGUGAAUCCAGUGAAGGAAUAAUUUCCUCGGAAACUAAUUAUUUUAAUAAAAUGAGUGAAAUGCUAUGCAUCUUAUUAAAAACAUAUCAAUCACAAAAUUUUAUCGCCAUAAUUGCUACCGUUAAAUCGAAAAAUAAUUUAAAUAAAUUUUUGUAUAAUCCACGAGGAAAUCAUUUAUUUUCUACACACUUGGAAACACCCAUUUUAGAAAACAAUGAUCGUAAAGAAAUUAUGAAACAUAUUUUACAAGAAAUUAGCUCAAAUACCUGGGAUCAAUUAGUAAAAAAUGAGGAAGAUCUACACGAUUUUAGUUUACAAACUGAAGGAUACGUUUUUCAAGAUUUUAUUGAUUUUAAAAAUAAAUGUAUUUUUGAAUCAAUGAAACGUGAUGAAGCGGCUCAAAAAGAAAGUAAAUAUAACAUUCAAACACGAGACGUUGAAAAUGCGUUAAAAAAUGUAAUUCCAAUAUCGUUUCAUGAUAUUAAUUUGCAAAAAUCAUCCUGUAGAAAGUGGGAUGAAAUUGGUGGGCUACAUUCCGCUAAAGAAGCUUUAAUUGAAACUAUUCAAUGGCCCAAUUUAUACCCAGAAAUAUUUUCAACAUGUCCAAUACGACUCCAAACGGGUAUACUGAUAUACGGUCAUCCAGGUACCGGAAAAACAAUUUUAGCUGGUGCAGCUGCUCAAUAUUUUGGCUUGCGUUUGAUAUCAAUUAAGGGACCUGAAUUACUGUCAAAGUAUAUCGGUGCUAGUGAAGAAUCCGUGCGAAAUAUAUUUCAAAAGGCGCAAAGUGCUAAACCAUGUAUUUUAUUCUUUGAUGAAUUUGAUAGUUUAGCUCCAAGGCGGGGUCAUGAUAGUACUGGUGUUACUGACCGAGUAGUUAAUCAAUUGUUAACGCAACUAGAUGGUGUUGAAACGCUGGAUGGUGUUUAUGUGAUGGCAGCAACAUCUCGGCCAGAUCUUAUAGAUCCAGCACUGCUAAGACCAGGUCGAUUAGGACGACAAAUCCAUUGCCCACUACCAAAUCCAACCGAUCGUUUGGAUAUACUUAAGUUAUUAAGUAAAAAUUUAACAUUAGCCGAUGAUAUAUCCUUAAACGAGAUAUCAAAAGCUACGAAAGGUUUUACAGGAGCUGAUUUACAAGCCAUUUUAUGCACAGCACAAUUAUCGGCUAUCGAAGAUGUGAUUAAUUCGAAAGAUAAUAAGACUGAGAUAAGUGUACAGAUCUCACAACGACACUUGCUCAAUUCUUUGAAACAAACACGACCGUCGUUGUCAGUUGAAGAAAAAGCGAGAUAUGAUAAAAUCUAUGCAGUGUUUCAAGGGAAAGAAGAGAAAUCAAAAGGUGCAAUACGGAAGCAAAAAGUAACUUUAGCAUAGUUUUAUGUUUUUUUUUUAUAUAAUUUUUUA